AUGUCUUCUAAUACGGAUAGAUCGUCCCUGAACCUGGUCUGGUGCUGCAUGCCUAACCAGAAGGAGAUGUCUAGCCCAACCACCCCAACGACUCCCACGUACCUCCGCAACCGGUACAAUGCCCAGGUAAGAGAGAACUUAAGUCGCCGCCAACAUCCCAACAGACGCGAAAACGAACAACCCGGUUAUCCGCUCCAGCCCACCCGUUCCGCCCCGGCGGGACUACAACUCCCCCACCCCCCUGUCCCAGCGCACACACGUCCACUACGCCCCGGCCUGCCGCGCCAACGCUUCCCGACGACUGCCAACGGCGAGGACCCCCGCGGCACCUGGAGCACCUCGAGCCUAAACGUAGCGGAGCUAGCGCAAGUCUUCAACACCAUCGCCGCGGCCCUCGAACACGUGUCGUACGCGAUCUGCGGGCUAGGCGCCCUGGUCGACCACGGGUUCACGGCGCGGCGCGUCGCCCGCGUGAGCAUACUGUGCUCGGCGCACGCCAAGGACAACGUGCGCGCGUGGCUUGCGGCUAGCGGGUACGAUGUGUUUGCGGACUCGGUGGGGGUGCCGGUGAAGGGGAACGGGGUGGGGGGUGCGAAGGUGUGUCGCGUGCGCAUCAAGUACCUCGACGAUGGGUUCGAGAAGCUGGAGAAGGUGCGCUCGAGGGUGAGUGGUGCGUGGGUGCUUGGUUUGGCUAGUCAGUUGGAUCAUGCGGCGGCGGGGUAUGUGGAUUAUCUUCGUAGGGGGGAGGAAAGGGGAAAGGAGAAGGUGGAAAGGGAGGAGGAUGGGGAUAAUAAUAAUAAUGGUAAUGAUGAUGAGAGGAAGGAGGAUUUGGCGCUGGAGACGAUUGCUGGUGAUGUUUUUUGGAUUUUGGAUAAGGCGGCACGUACGAAUCAUGCCUUGGAGCCGAGAUUGCUACCCACGCUACUUGGGCAGGAUUUUUGGAUCCCGUUUACGGAUCGCUACGUCAACGCCAGGCCGGAGAUGGCGCGUGCAGGCAUCGAUGUGGCGGCUGUGCUGGCGACACAUCGCGCGGAGCAAGCUGUUAAAGAGCACGACGACAUGCUACGGUCCUACGGUGUAGACCCUCAUGCCGGGGUAGUAGAUGUUGCCGAAGACGGCGUAGUAACGCAGCAACCGCGUGGAUUCGAGGGCAUGCACGCCCUACAGGGUAGCAGGCCCACGAGUAAUCAGUUGUCUACCGUCCCGGAGAAGAAGAAGAAACAGGUCAGGUUCCUAGACGGGCUACGGCGAAGCUCGAGUAAGGCUAAUGGUGAGGGCUCGUCUAUAAAGGAAAGUAUUUCUCGCAGGAUCAACUUGGCGCGCAGACAUACUUCGAAGUCUACGUCGAGUGAUCGGCCGGAAGACGCGUUGCCGCCGCGGAGACUCGGAGAGAUACCGAGGUCGUUUUCGACGAGCGGGGCGUGA